AUAUCCUUGUCGUCGUCACCGAGGAACAUUGGAAUAGAGGGGAAAUGGAAGGGAUUGUACGCCCAGCUGGAAGUACUGAGGAGGGAGGGGGGGCCGAGGGGCUUUUCUUAUGAGUUGUGAGCUUGUCAUACAUCACACACGACUGGAUCGAUCCAGACAAACAGGAAUGAACCGGUUGGGUGUUGCCGGUUACUGUGCGAUUUCGGUUUCAUCAGCUCCUCCUAGACUUCCCGUCGGGGAAUGCAUGUGGAUAGUAGGAUGGCCUCGAGGACGGGGGCAUGGAUGACGGACCGCGCGGCGACGGGGCUUCGAGGAGUGUGUCCUCCGUCAGUUCAAAAUGUUGUUGUUGUUGUUGUUGUUGUUGCUGGGCGGGUGUUGUGUGUGUGAGGAGGAGGAGGAGCAUGGGAGGAGCAUGGCUCAUGGCGCUUCCACAACGCUUCCCCUCCUCAGACCCUCCCUCUCUCCCAUAUUUUCAUACCACACUACAACCUAGACUAGUGUACAGUAUCUUUCACCAACCUAACUAACUCAUCUACCACCAACUGGCAACGACUGGUCUUCCGUCCGUCAAUAGUUGCCCUUCCUGAUCCGCCAGCCCUCCCGCCCACCCUACUUGCCGCCGUCGCCACCAGCACGCACCCGUACCACAUAGUGACACUACUAUCCGGCACACGUAAAAGGAUCUGCUGCUCGUUGGGCCCAUCAUGUCACAUCAUUUACUAUACUACUACCGUUCUAUAUAGCCGCCCGUGUCCCCCCCUCGGCAUCCCCCCUUCCCCUACGCACGUUUUUUAUUAUUCUUCUCUGUUGUUUUUCGCUUUACCGGUUCUAGAUUCCUCAGAGGGUCUCCAGCCUGCCAGUUGCUCAGUUGGUGGGCUUUGACGACUCUGUGGAAUUUGGUUUGCCUCUCUCUCGAAGGAAGUACAUACUUCCAUUGCAAACGGUUAUAAACAACAAGGGUUGAGAGAAGCAAGCACGGGAACCGGAACAAACCGAGUGAGAAACCAACCCGACAUUCUGGAAAUGUCGACUCAUCAAUCCCAGCCCAGCAGCCCACCCAAGAGGCCAAGGCUUUCCCUUCAGAUCAAGACCUUUAAUGGUUCGAGUGUCAGGACAUCCAGGACGCUGGCCGCCGCCGUGGAUGUCAAGUCUCCUACAGCCUUCAACACGCUGUCGAAUGUCUACGCCACCGCUGUGGAUAGGUCGACGCCAAUCCAGGAGCAUGCCCCGGCAACAGCGCUAUCAGGGGGGAAGCCGAUGCUGCGCCUCCAAACCCAGGAGGCUGGCCAAAAUGGCGGAGCAGCAGUAUCCAAGGACCGUCGUCUACAAACGCCUUAUUUGGGCCCAUAUCUCGACACUCCUCUGACGGCGCAACCAAUGUCACCUGCCAUUGCAACAGCACAAAGCCAGAUGAUCUUCCCUAGUGCCAUGACGGCGACACCACCAUUAUCCGCCCAGCCGCAAGAACAGAACGGCCCUCGCGUGUUCACCUUUGAUUCCAGCAACAACACAAACAACAACUACAGCAUGGCACAGCCGUCACUUAGCAUCAAUACUACCUCCACCUCACAGGCAUCAGAGAUGGCUUCUUGCUCAGAAACGCCCAGGAGGCGAACCACCUUCCCAUCCAACGUCAAGCUCCCCUACACCCACCCGCGUUCCCUCCGCAGCAUCCUUCGCAACAGCCCUCUCGCACCUUUAACCUGCCAAUCCCCCAACUCAUCUAGACGGCAGUCGCUCCGGCUCCAGGAAAAGGCCGCUCGGCGGGUGGCCUACCACAGCCCGCUGUGCGAGACUAUUACCACGAGCAAGUACACCAAGUCGCACGUGGACCUGCUAGCCGAAGACUCCGGGACGCCCACCACGCCCACGGGGGCUAGGUCCAUCUCAUCAUCCUCAUCUUCAUCAUCAUGCUCCUCCUCGUCAGAGGGCGAGGAGCUGCUAGACCAAACCAUGGCCUACACCGGCGGCAACGAGACCCGCGACGGGGGCCAGACUCCGGGACCCUAUGAGGAGAUGCGCAGGCGCAUGGCGGGCAUGCACGCGUCGACGCCCAUCUCGCUUUCGCCGACGAGCGGGGGGAUACGCAAGAACCGCGGCUUGCAAGGAAAGAAAAGGGAGAAGAAGCGGAGGUGGGUGUGGACGAUUGGGAAGGAUGCCGAGGACGCGGAGCUGGAGGAGUGCGGGAGUCCGGUGGUGCCGUGGACGGCAAGGCCGGAGCUAUCGAACGCGGUAGCUGCUGCUGCUGCUGCUGCUGCUGCUGCUGAAAGAAAGGAGGCCAUGGUGGGCGUGCCGGUGUUGGCGGUGCCUGUGCCGCCAAGCAGGGCGAGGACGAGGGCGCAGACGCAGGCGCAGUCGGUGCAGACUGUUGUUACUGGGAACAAGGCGGCAGCUGUGGCUGCGGCUGUGGCAUUGCAAAUACCCCAGUUGCCGGUGCCGGGGCCGACUACUAGCAGCGGGAGAAGGCUAAGGCCGGCUUUGAGUUUGCCUCCUUCUUCCAUGUCGACUUUGCCUGUUCCUGGGCCUGUUGUGCCUGCAGUGUCUACGCCCGUGGCUGCUGCUGCUGCUCCAGCACUGCCCUUGGUGCAACAGCAAACACAAACACAACAAUCACCACCACCACCAUCACCCCCCCAGAAACAUCAGCAACCCGAGCCCCAUCAGCAGCAGCAGUCGUCCCGCGCCACACUCACCCCUGAACCCACCCUUCCUCACAUUGAACCCCACACCCCCAGCAUGGAAUCCGUCACCAGCAUGACGAGCAUCAUGUCCCAAGCCGAGUCUAUGCUAUCCGAGGACUCUGUAUUCGACACCUCGUCCGUGUACAACGGGGACGUGGAGAUGUCGGAUGCGAGCAGUGUUGGCUAUGAUGAUGACCCUGCUGGUGAUAACGAGUCUACGUUUGGUGGUGGUGGUGCGGAUGGGGAAGAACAACAUGGGGGCAAUAACCACAACAACAGCGUCUACAAGAAGUACUUGAAAGUAAAUGGUGGUGGUAAGCGAGGAGGAGCAAGUGUGGAUCAGCCAUGCCACUCGUCGGAUAUGGAUACGGAUAUGGAUAUGGAUACGCCUACGGUUGGGGGAAGGCCGGGGUAUGCGGUGGAGAGGUUGGGGUUGGGGAUUUGUUAGUUAGCUACCUAUGUAGCGUGGUUAGAUAGAUGGGAAAGAGCAUAAGAUGGAUACUGGGUUAUGGGAGGUUUAGCUACUGCUUACUUGGUUGUUGUCAUGUUUUUGGGUUUAGGUGUAAAAGGGGUCUGGAAAGGGAAUGGUUUUGAUAUGGUUAUGGGUAUGGUUAUGGAUAUGAACAUGAACGUGAUGAUGGAUGGAUGGAUGGAUGGAUGGAAAUGAACUCCUUUUGGGAAUAUGAAGGCGUAAAUCAACAGAGCAUUUUCACAUACAUUCGUUGUACAAGCACCACCUCUAUUUCUUUAUCAAUCAUGCCGUGAUUCCUCAUCUUCCCAUCAUUGUCUGUACGUACCCUCUGGAUAGCAGAGGACGCAGGUUUGGCUGACGAUGCUAUCUACUGUGUAUCAGCACCUUUGGUCUCUAAUCCAUCUAUAUUUCCACG